AGGGCCCAUAAGACAAAGAAAACAUAAAGGGAACAUCUUAGAAACAUUUCCAAACACCAACAAACUAUACCACAAAGGGUUCAAGAGAAAGCUAGUUAGGCCAACAUAGACUUGUCUUCUAACUUGAUCUGAUCUCAUACACACAAAGGAGAGGUCAUUUCAUUAUUCAUCCAUUCCUUCUCCAUCCAAAUUUUAGUUUCCAUUCAUCAUCUCCCACCCAAAAACAAACAUUACAAUUAUCAAGAAACCAUCAUAUCAUAUAAUCCCAGCUAGCUGCAGAAGCAAGAUAUUAGCUUAGAUAAAAAACAAGGAGCUGGAAGCUCUCAGACGGCUGAAGACUUCAUUUUUUCUUGAAUUGUUAAUCAAAGAAAAAGCAACUACCAAAGGUCUGAUAAAUAGAGGAAAUAUAAGAGAUAUGCAGCCACAAAGCAGCAUAGAUGCAUACAUGGGGACUGGGGUAGGUACGACAAGAUCCGAUUUUUUGUUUCCGGAAAUGACUCCGGUUCUUCCAUGGCCGGUUCAGAGCUUUAACCCGAUCAGCUUCCACUCAAACCAGCCCAUCCGGGAUCAUGAGCAGUUUCUCCUCCCGCCCCCGCCUUCCCCAUACGGCGGGCUAUUCAACAGUAGAAGGCUGCCUUCGUCGUCUCCGUUCGCGGGGUACGACGGACUACGGCCGACGUCGGACCAUUUCCGGGGGGUCAUUUCUGACUCGCUGGGUCACCCGGUCCAACCUGGUUUGGGGGCGCCGUUUGGGCUCCAAGCCGAGCUGCAGAAGAUGACGGCUCAAGAGAUUAUGGACGCAAAGGCUUUGGCGGCUUCGAAGAGCCACAGUGAAGCCGAGAGGAGGAGAAGGGAGAGGAUCAAUAAUCAUCUUGCUAAGCUGCGAAGUCUUCUUCCCAACACAACAAAGACGGAUAAAGCAUCACUACUUGCGGAGGUGAUCCAGCACGUGAAGGAACUGAGGAGGCAAACCUCACUGAUCUCCGAGACGAACCAAAUCCCGACGGAGAUCGACGAGCUGACCGUGGACGCCUCCGACGAUGACGACGGGAAGCCGAUGAUCAGAGCCUCGUUGUGCUGCGAGGACCGGCCCGACCUAUUGUCGGACCUUAUCAAGACCCUCAAAGCUCUAAGGCUAAGGACUCUCAAAGCCGAAAUCACCACCAUUGGCGGCCGCGUUCGUAAUGUUCUAUUCAUCGCCGGAGACGACCAGUAUCACGACAGCGGCAGCGAUCCGCUGCCGCUACAUUGUUCUUUAAGUUCCGUUCAAGAAGCUUUAAGAGCGGUGAUUGAGAAAGGAAGCAGUGAUGAUCAAUCUGGGACUGCAAAGAGACAGAGAACCCACAACCUUAAUAUCCUUGAACAACAUACGUCUCUCUGAUAAAAAAUAUUUAAAAUCAAUCGUUCGUAUAAUUACCGAUCUUAUUAUCUUAUUAUUAUUAAUCAUUAAUUAUACUACUUUACAUGUAGUUUUUGACUUUUUCUUCGUUUGAUAUGUUGUGUUUAAUGUGUUUGCAUGGUUUGAUUAGUCACUCUCAGGUCUCUUUUGGGUUUUUAUGUGUUUGGUGAUUUUUUUUUAUUUGGGGUGAUUUGGCGAUAGAUUAUUAUUGCUGUAUUAUUAGGAAGAGCAAUUUUAUUCAAAUUAAAGAUGAGAUGGGC